AUGUCUGACAUUGACGAUCUCUUCGAUUAUGACGCCGGACUUGACGAAGUCCUGAAAAACCUGCCGUCAGCUCCGAAGAAUGAUGCACCAAAGGAAAAUAACAAUGCCUCUGACGCGACUGCAGUGCUGGGUCUGGAUGCAGACUUGAAAGUUAGCAAGCAAAGAGCUCCCAUAGCCAAACUUGACGAGACUCGGCUACUUUCACAGAACGGGAUUCCAAAAUUGAGAAAAAACGCAAAAUCUAAACUAAAAUUCAAAGGGAAAGGCCACGAGUUUUCUGACUUGGGACGACUUCUUAAUUUCUAUCAAUUAUGGCUCGACGAUUUAUACCCUCGCGCGAAAUUCGCAGACGGCCUUGCUAUGAUUGAAAAACUAGGUCAUUCUAGACGAAUGCAAAUAAUGCGGAGAGAAUGGAUUGACGAGGGACGGCCGAGCUUUCAAAUUAGUAAUGGCGAUUCUGCGCCAACAGUCGCUGCACCUAGUGGACUGGAAGAGAGAGUACCAGAUGUCAAUGUACCAACAGACAAUGCGCCACCGGAUGAUGACCUCGAUAUGUUGUUAGCUGAGGCUGAUAAUAGGGGCUCUGCACCGAAAAUUAACCCACCCGGCGGGCCGGAUGAUAAUAUGCAAGCAGAAAAUGAUGUUCCGCCAGACGAUGAUCUCGAUAUGUUGCUAGCUGAGGCUGAUAAUGGGAGCUUUGCACAGAAAGUCAGCGACUCGGGGAACAAUAAUGUACUGCAGGAUGACGAUGACCUCGAUAUCCUUUUAGCUGAAGCUGAAACCCUCAACCAGGCCGGUACUUCUUAG